AGUUCUCUGGGAAGGAUGGACUGUAGCAUUGAAUCAAUUACAGGUUGCUAUUGCAGAGGCGCAUUUGUGUGAGCGGCGUGGAGCAGGACGGAGGAGCGCAGCACAAGGGAGAGGAUUACUACUGCUUUUCCGAGAGUGGUUGAAGCAUUUUAGAAGAGCUUUGGUCAUUCAUUUUGGUUGUUCUUUUAUUAAGAGCAAAAAACAAAAGGAUUUUAAAAGCUGCGCGCAGUUUAAGUGACAAUGGGAAUUCUGGAGACACAUCUCGUUCUUGGGAUUGUCUUGCUAGGAGUAUUCUCAGAUGUUACACAGUCUUUGCCGACUUUGAGUUCAGAGAAUACAGAAUUCAUACUGAAACCUCACUCGCAAUUCAACAUCACUUGCUUUGGAGAGAGGACGGUUACCUGGGUUGAGCCAUUACCCAACAAUGUGAAUGUGCGGUCCGGAUUAAAUCACAGUACACUGACGAUCACUGAUGCUGAGAUCGAUAACACUCGUGAUUACAUCUGCUCAUAUGAGGAUGACCCUGACAGCAUCGUUGAUAUCUACAUUUUUGUAGAAGAUCCUGAGGUGCCAUUUGUGCCCGAUUCCUCUGUUGAGACAGACGGCAAUGAUACAAUCAUCCCCUGCCGCACUACAAACCCGCAUUUAGAUGUGAUACUUAAAAACCUGCAAAGUGGUCGUGAGGUUUAUGCUCUUUAUGACCACAAAAUUGGGUUUAUGGGAAUAUUCGCAUUAGGUCCCUAUGCUUGUGAGACGAAAGUCAAUGGCAAAGCAGUGCAGAGCAUCGUUUACAAUUUGGCAAAUAAGACAGACUUCAGCAUUAAGUUAAGGGCCAAUAUGGAGUCGUUGUCAGAAGGAGAAACUUUAAAUCUCACCUGUGAGAUUCCACCUGGAACUGCUUUCUACCAACAGUGGGUGCAUCCAAAAACACAGGCCAAAGAGGCAGUGAUAAUAAAGGCAGAUUUCCCAGACAAGGUGCAGUACAUCCUCAACAUCCCAAAAGCCUCUGUGGCAGACACUGUCUAUCAGUGUGCUGUUACUAACAAACUCACUGAACAAAUCAAGUCUGAAACCCUGGGUAUCGUAGUCCACGAUAGCUCAUUUGUGGAAAUUAUACCCAACGGUCUUGGGCCACAUGAGACUGCCUCACUUCUGGAUGACAAAGAGUUUACUAUUUUCAUCGACUCUGACCGUGAGCCAGAGGUCACGUGGUUCAAAGACGGGCAAGAGUUGGAUAACAGAUACACCUCAACCAAGACCACUCAUCUGGAAGGUCUCAGGUAUGAGAAUAUUCUGGUUCUCCGUCAUCCAACAGAGGAGGACAGUGGAACCUAUGAGAUUGUCGCAUCUAUUGGCUCCAAGAGAUCAGUGUUUUCAUUCAAACUGUUGGUUGAAGCUUUAACCCCAGUGUUGCCAUACUCUGUACUGGCACCGGUAUUGUGGCCCCAGAGGGAGACCAUGGAGGUGUCUCUCCACUCCACCUUCAAACUCACAUGUCGAGGCCAGGAAGAGCUCACCUGGCAAAGCCCCACUGAUGUAGAUGAGGAGACCCGGUCUGAAAAGAAAGGACUCUUUGUCUCCACUGUGACUGUUGACGAUGCAACAGCAGCCCACACCGGAGAGUACAUCUGCUCCUACGACUCCAGCGAAGAGGAGAGCACCAUCUACAUUUAUGUGCCAGAUCCAGAUAUGCCGUUUGCGCCAUCCAUGAGCUUGUUUGAAAACCAUGUGCUGUCGAGUCACGAUGAAAUGGAAAUCCCGUGCCGUGUGACGGACCCCAGCACCAGCGUCUCUUUGGUUCAUGUUGAGACCGGUCAAGUUCUGCCCAACGUCUAUGACAGCAAGAGAGGUUUCGUUGGGCUCUUCGGUUCUGGGACGUAUGUCUGCAGGGCUCUUAUUAAUGGACAGCAGAUUGACAGUAUGGAGUAUAUAGUUCAUGGCUGGAUAGGGAGCUCUUCACUGAAGGUUGAUGUGAAGGCAGAAAAGAUGUCUCUGUUGGUGGGUGAAACCAUCAACGUUGACUGUGUUGCCAAAGGCAGUGAGAUGUUAGAGGACCACUGGAAGUAUCCUGGAAGACUGGCGAAUCGUGGGGUAAAGACAGUGAAGGAGAAUAAGAGAGAUCUUGAGAUCCACUAUAGACUGACCGUGGCUGACGCUUCACCAAAAGACAGUGGAGUCUAUGCUUGCUCCAUCACUGACAUUAUGAGCAACGAGAGCCAAACCAGACAGCUAACCAUCACUGUCUAUGAGCGAGAGUUUGUCUCCAUUGAUCCAGUGUUUGGUCCAAUGGAGACCGCUGUGCUGGAUGAGGUGCGAGAGUUUAAGAUAAACAUAGAGUCCUUCCCUGCCCCCAAGGUUACAUGGUUAAAGGACGGCUUGGUUCUGGGUAACGUCGCUGCGGAGAUCAGCAAUAACGUCCUGAAAACCGGCGAGACCAGUUAUCAGGGCGUAUUGACAUUGAUCAGGGCUAAAUCGGAAGACAGUGGGAACUACACCAUCACGGCAAAAACGGGCGACCUGACUACCAGCCACAGUUUCUACCUUCAGGUUAAAGUUCCUCCUGUGAUUGUGGACCUGAUGGAUAUCCACCAUGGCCCAGUUGCGGGUCAGGCGGUGGUGUGUACUGCUCGCGGCACCCCAGUCCCUGAAGUCGACUGGUAUAUCUGCAAAGAAAUUAAACAAUGUGCCAACGAUUCCUCUCAGUGGUUACCACUUCAGUUAAACUCCACAGACAUCACGGAAGAAUUGCACAUGGAUGAAGACGACAACAUCGCGAGCCAGGUCGUGUUCGGCCAUCUCGAAAGCACGGUUGCCGUACGCUGCCUGGCCAGGAACGACAUGGGUGUCGUUUCGCGUGAAGUAAAGCUUGUAUCAAGCGGUCCACACUCGGAGCUCACUGUGGCCGCUGCUGUUCUGGUGCUGCUGGUCAUUGUCAUCAUCUCACUCAUUGUGCUGGUCAUUAUCUGGAAACAGAAACCACGUUAUGAGAUCAGAUGGCGCGUGAUCGAGUCUGUCAGUCCCGAUGGUCACGAGUAUAUCUACGUGGAUCCCAUGCAGCUUCCAUAUGACUCCCGCUGGGAGUUCCCCAGAGAUGGUCUUGUUCUUGGUCGUGUCCUCGGUUCAGGUGCAUUUGGGAAGGUGGUGGAAGGCACCGCUUAUGGACUGAGUCGCUCUCAACCUGUUAUGAAAGUGGCUGUAAAAAUGCUUAAACCAACUGCACGUUCCAGUGAAAAACAGGCGCUGAUGUCCGAGCUGAAAAUCAUGACCCAUCUGGGCCCUCACCUAAAUAUUGUCAACCUGCUGGGAGCAUGCACCAAAUCAGGCCCGAUCUACAUUAUCACAGAGUAUUGCUUCUAUGGAGACCUGGUGAACUACCUGCAUAAGAACAGGGAUGGAUUUCUCAGCCGCCACACAGAAAAGGGCAAAAAAGAUCUAGACAUCUUUGGCAUCAACCCAGCCGAUGAAAGCAGCAGGAGCUACGUCAUCUUGUCGUUCGAGGGAAAAGGCGAUUACAUGGACAUGAAACAGGCAGACACCAUGCAGUACGUCCCCAUGUCGGAAAUGAGCGAAGCCUCGAAAUACUCUUCCAUUCAGAGAUCAGAUUAUGACCAUCCACCAUCUCACAGCAGUUUUAAUGACAGUGAAGUUGAGAACCUUCUGUCAGAUGACACCAAUGAAGGUCUGACCACCUUGGAUCUUCUCAGUUUCACCUAUCAGGUGGCUCGAGGGAUGGAGUUCCUGGCGUCUAAGAAUUGUGUACAUAGAGACUUGGCUGCACGCAAUGUCCUGCUAUCUCAAGGCAAGAUAGUGAAGAUAUGUGACUUUGGGUUGGCCAGAGACAUCAUGCACGAUAACAAUUACGUCUCCAAAGGAAGUACCUUCCUUCCAGUAAAGUGGAUGGCUCCAGAGAGUAUAUUUGAUAACCUGUAUACUACACUGAGUGAUGUCUGGUCUUAUGGCAUCUUAUUGUGGGAGAUCUUCUCUCUUGGAGGGACUCCUUAUCCAGGUAUGGUUGUGGAUUCCAGCUUCUACAACAAGAUCAAAAGUGGAUACCGAAUGACAAAACCCGAGCAAGCGUCCAAUAAUGUCUAUGAGCUUAUGAUGAAGUGCUGGAACAGUGAACCAGAGAAGAGACCGUCCUUCCACAACCUGAGUGAGACAGUGGCCUCACUGCUGCCCUCUGGAUAUAAGAGAUCCUAUGAACGUGUGAAUCGUGACUUCCUAAAGAGCGACCACCCUGCCGUGACCCGAGUGCAAUGCGUUGACAAUGAUGAUGAGUACAUGGGCGUGCUUUACAAGAACCAGGGCAAACUAAAAGAUCGCGAGAGUGGCUUUGAUGAACAGAGGCUCAGCUCGGACAGCGGUUACAUUAUUCCUUUGCCGGACCUCGACCCGUCAUCAGAUGAAGACUACGGCAAGAGGAAUCGCCACAGCUCUCAGACAUCAGAUGAAAGCGCAAUAGAGACGGGCUCCAGCAGCUCUAUGACCAAGCGUGAGGGAGAGACUCUGGAGGACAUCACCUUGCUGGACGAGAUGUGCUUGGACUCAGGAGACCUCGUGGAGGACAGUUUCCUGUAAAAGAAAGCUGACAAUCUGAGACAAUCACAGACAAAAGCUGCCGUUUUCCCGCAGCCUCCAUUUCAUUCCAAGUCGACUGAUCUCUUUAUGCAUCCAUCAUCACUCUUUUAUUCUUCACGAGCCUUCUGAAACGAUAAACUUCGCUGCAUGAAUGUCAAUGAGCCUAUCCAGGUUUUAUGGAUUAGACACCGCCCUCUUAAGGUCUGGAGGAACCAGCAAUGUAGCACAAGACUUUAUGAGCACUCUUGAUGGACUCAAAUGAAGCUAAGACCAAUGAGGAGGGGAAGGGGAGUAAAUAGUUGUUUCUGUGUAUCAUUUUUGUAUGUUUGAAAUAUGUGUGUAUGUGUGAGAGUGGUUUGAAUGAAACUUUGUUGCGAUGGGCAUUCCGAUCAGCAAUAUAAGCACAUCAUUGUAAUCAUAUCAAAGAGCCUCAGUCCACUGCUACCUUCCAGAUGAGUCCAUAAAACAACCACUACAGACAUUUACUACACUAGAGAUGGUUCUAACCAGCUGGACAACUGGGACAAACAUGGCAUAUAGGUUGGAUCUCUUCUGUUAUUUGCCUCACUAUCACAAUUUUGAAGGAUAUGUAUCGUAAGGAGCAGCAAUAAACCGCUGAACUACAUAUAGGUUUAAUGUAACUGUUCGUAUAUCGUCGAUGUCGGAAAAAGUGUGACUGUUUGAAUUUUAUUUUUUUACCAUUUGGAUAUAUUUUUGUGAAUAUUGGGUUGGGGAAAAUGAUGUACUCAUAAAUGAAGUAAAUGGCAAGUGUGUUUUGACCUGCGAGUCGCAUGUGUGACUUCAACUUUUAGAUGUUGAUACAAUGUUAUUUAUGUCAUCAUAAUGUCUGGCCAAAGGUUUUACCUAACUGUGCAUAAGGUAUCGAUCAUUUUCUAAGCUAUGCCAACGUUACAUUCGUACAGCAAUAUAUUAUCCUGUGAAAACGACUUGGGCAAAAAGUCUUAAUACCAUCACCAUCCUUAAUAUAAUGGCUAGAAUAAGCUGAUUUUAUUACAUAAUUUAGGCCGACAUAAUCAAUAUCAUUUGCAAUAUCAAUUCACUGUCAUUUUUUUUUGUGCUCUUACCUGCUUUUCAGAGCUUGUAGUAAUACUGAGAUACAAACAAGGGAAAGACUUUUUAAGAUUCAGUGAAAUUAGCUAUUAGUUAACUAUGCAAGCGCCAUUGGCCUAAGUAAUGUUUUAUUUGAUUUUACUGGUUUAUGUUUGUGUUUUAUUCUCUCCCAACGUGUGGUGUAAGUUGCAUUUUCCUGUUAAUUGGAUUUUAUAUAAUGUCCUAGCAUGCUAUGGGCCUGUGAAAAUUUAUGUCAACCCAAAGCAAGGCAACUAAAAACCACAUUGUAAAUUUACACAAAAACCUACAACCUAAAUGCCUGCAUUUCAGCCAAAUCCUGUACUCUUGAAGCAUCAUUUAAGUUUUUCCUUUUUUUAUUUUGAUGUUAUACAUCACUGUUCAUUGUAAAUGUGUAUCAUUGUAUAUCAUAAAUUCAGCAUAUCACUGCCUGUAUCCCCCUCCCCAUCUUCACCCUCUGCUGUGGUCUAUUCCACGACCGGAGGAGAUAAAAAAAAACUAUUGCACUUUUAAAAAUUCUUCUUUUAAAUGUUUUAUUAGUUUCUUAGUUCUGCUUUUUUGUUGUCUGUAGACAUGGAAAGUUUGUCUGUGCUAAAAAAGGGUAAAGAUAUAAUUUUAAAGAGACAGUAGAGUGAAUGUUUGUGGAAGAGAUAAACAGACGGGAGAGGUAUGAAGUAUAUUCUAUGGUACAAUAUGUGUAAUAGGCAGUUAUUCCUUUUAACAGAUGUUAUCCUUUUGCUAUAAAAUGCAUUAUGUCUAUGUACAUUCAGAAGAUUUAUAAUUCAAUAAAUGAGAUUGAAUAAUGUA